CAUAAAAAGUUCCGGUCGUUCUUUUAGAAGGUUAUCUUUUAUCCAGAAGAGUAACUUUCGUAUAGUCCCUAUAAAAUUUCACAUCACGAAUUAAUAUUUUACACUGGGAGAAAUUUUAUAGAACUUACAUUCGUUUCCAGUAUCAACUUGCAAAAUGUCGCAAAGAAACGAACAUACUUCGGAUGAAACGGAGUCAGAAUCGCAUGUGGAAAAUCAUAAUAAAGAACAAUCAAAAUGUGAAACAAGCAUAUUAAACAAUGAAACAGAACAACCAAUGUUGGAGGAUGAAGAAAUGCCAACGUAUAUCAGUGUGUCUACUCCAUCGAAGCGCGAAGAUUCAGAUAUCAGUAAUACAAAACAAGCGGAUAGAAUCCCAAUAGAGGAAGACCACAGUCGAAGUCCUUAUCCUAGUGAUGAUCAAGGAGGGGGCAGUAUCUAUGUACUAUCUUCUGGUGAAGAGAGUACUCAUCCAUACAAUGAUGAAGAGAGUAAUCACCCAUAUAACGAUGAAGAGGAAGAUGAAUACGCAGAUAGUGAAGAUAUGGAUGAAAUGGAUCGUGAAAAUGCAAUGUUAGAUGAGGAGGAAGAAGAAGAUGAUGAUGAUGAUGACGAAGGAAAUUUGAGACUACAUAAUGAUGACGAUGAAGAUAUUGAAACAGAAUAUGAUCUGGAGUGUUUUGAUAGAGUAUCCGAUGAUUUUGUCUUAAACAAAAGAUUAAAGCAACAUCAUAAAGAGAGGAGUUUAUCAUUACAAGAUUUAAGCAUUUCAAAAAACAAUGUUCAUUCGUCACAUAACAAAAAAAGACAUAGCAUGAACAUUUUCAGACAUAAUUAUUUAGGUAUGCAGCAAAAUCCAAUGCCAUAUUCUACUGCAGAAAAAAAACAAAUGAUGUCAGUUAGGUAUCAACACGUGGAAAGUAAAGUUAAACAGUACAUAAAAGGUAUAAAAGAACAAACUAGAAGAUCUAUGGAAAAGCGUGUUAAAGAGCAAGAAUUUAUAAUGAACAAAAAUCAUGCAAGCAAUGAAAACAAUGACACUGAGCAAUUGAAAGCAAGAGUUAAUAAAACCAUAAAAGAUUAUGCUGAAAAAGCUAUUCAGAAUUUACAACGUGACGAAGCUGAAAAUGAUAAUUUAAUAUACAAUACAGCACAAAUAUUAGAAAAUGGAGAAAAUAAUAAAACCUCCAACAGAAUUAUUGAAAAUGAUUAUAAACAUAUUCAAAAGGACACUGAAUACAAUGAUAUACCAAAUGAGAAACGAGUGCAGAAUUCCGAUGAUAAAUUAGAAAAACGAAAUGGUUCAGUAGAUGACAAUAUCCGUCAUAUCGAAUAUCAAAAUGCUUUAGAUAGAAACAUGAGAUUCGGUAGCAUAAAUCAACCUUCUCUAAUUAAUGGACAUCAGACAACUCCCACAUUUAUUAAUUUACGUACGUUAAGCUAUGAAGAAUACAUGAAUAGUGCCUCUAAUAUGGAACAAAGAGAAGAAUUACCUGGACAAAGACAAGAAAAAGUGAACGAAACAGAAAUAUAUAAUGAAGCAGAAAUGAUUAGUUCACGAGAAAUUGAUAACAAUAUUAACUGUCCUUUAAAAAUUGCAAACGUUAAAAGUAUCCGCAUAAUACAAGAUGAAUCAGAAAACUUAAAUUUUACAAAAAUUAAUGCACCUGAUAGAAUAAAUGCAGAGAACACUGAAAUAAUUGAGUUGAAAACGCAACUUAAUGAGAAAGACGCACAAUUUAUUAAUUUGCGAGAUGCCUACCAAAAAGUAUUGGCAGAAAAUAUAAAAAUGAAACAAGAAUUGGAUAAUCUAAAAAAAUCUUUAGCAAAAUAUGAGGAUCAGAAUAAAACAUGUGAAGUGAAAACUGCAUCUGUACAAACUGAAACAGUUGCAGAAUCUACUUCUAAUCAAGAUACUGUAACUUCAGGCGAAACAAACAAUAAAAUAUCCACUAGUAGUGUUGCAUCUACAGCAAGUUCUACUGAUCAAUGGGCAGAUAGUGCUUAUAGCCCAGCUAUAUCUGUUAAGCUCCCCGAUUUGACACCAAUUCUUAAUUCUGAUGAUAGUAUUAUACUCACUGAUGGGACUACUCCAAGAAAAAUAGCGCAUCCAUUAUCUCGAACAUUUAUUACUUCAUCUCGAAUUUUGCAAACACUUUCAAAUAUAACCCAAGGGAAGACAAAAGUUGAAAGUCCUUUAGUAAGAAAUAUCAAGAAACGAUUAAAUGAAAAUUCCGUAGAUCAAAUAUUAAAUAUAGAAUGCAAUUCUCCAAUCCAUGCAUCAAGUUCCAAAAAAAGAAAAGCUACAGAAAUGCUUGAUACAUCUACUUCUGUUCAACCUUUCAAAAUACCUCAUACAACUGCAGAAUCUGAGAGAAAAAAUAGUACUGAUACGACUGAUGUAGAAUUUAAAUAUUCUGAGGAACAUGCAAUGUCAAAAUCAGAACAAAUAGAAGAUACAUCUGUUAAUAAAGAUAUUGAUGAUUCUACAUCUGCAGAAAAUAAGAUAGAACAGACAGAUGAUCAUGAGGACAGUGUAAAAUGUUUCAUAUACAGGGAAGAUGAAAAUAGCAAAAAUAGAAGUUUCUUAAUUCAAGCAGAAGAACCUAUAAAAGAUGGUUUAGAUAAUGAAAAAAAUCGCAUUCAAGAAUGUGGUCCAUAUUUAUUGGGUAAUCUUGAAGUAAGAAUGUCUGAAAUAAACGGAACGAUUAGUGUUUGGGGUAAAGAAAUAGAUCAUGAAUCUACAAGCGAUAACGAAGAUGAUAUGGAAGUCUGUGUAAAAUCAACUGAACAGAGGAUGUGUCAGACUUGGCAGAAUACAUCGCAAACGAGAUUUAAUGGCAGUCCGCUUGUGUGUUCAACUAAUAAAAAACAGAAGGUUCCAAACAAAUUCAGUAGGUCCAAUAUUCCUCAAUGUUGUCAUUCUUUAUCAUUAAAUUCAAUAAAGGCGUCUUCAUCAGUAGAAGAUAUAAGUGACAAAAGACAUAUGAGUAAUUCUCUCAGCCCAAAUAUUUGUGUUCCUUCUUAUGAAAACUGUAAUUCUUCGAAAUAUCAUCAAGAAUGGCCAACAUGUAAAGAUGCAUCGAGUUCACAAGAAAAAUUACAUUCCUGUUGUACACAUCGUAUUGAAGUCACAGAUAAAGGAUGUAGUUGUGGUUUAUAUCAUGAGACACAAAAGCAUGAUGUUAGUCUUAAGCAUUGUAAAGAUAAGUUUCACAGUAAUGAAAUUCGAAGGGAUUCAUGUAAAAGUACAUUUAUCCCAGAUUCGAAAAAUCAUUUACACGAAAACUGUAUGGACGCCACUACCGAAAUGAGCAAAGUAACUUGCAAAUAUCAUGCGUGUCGAUGUUCACUUCAAAAUGUAGAUAACAGUCCAGGUUCGAAAUACUGUAAUCCUGUUAGAGAUAUAUCGUAUACAUGUAAAUCAUCUUUGGACAAUAUAAAUAAUCACGAGCAUUCUGAUAAACAUAUAUGUAAUCACAGCUCUUCACGUGAUGAUGAAGAAGAGGCUCUAAUCCCAAUUAAACGAUCUAAUGAAACGCCUGAAACCAGACAACGAAGAUUAAGUGGUAAAAGGGUAAGAGGAAUUCUUAUGGAUCUUUUAAAGGGAUGUGGAGAUUGCCGUAAUAAUAGUACUGUUAAUUUAAGUAAAAGUGGAUUUCGAAAAGGAACAUCUUCUAUAGCAAAUGGUCCUCCACAAAUUAAGAUUUCUUCUCCUACACUCGGGCCUACAUGUUCCACUUCUACGCAAUGUAAUGACAGGUGUUGCCAUGCAUAUGCACGUAGAAUUGAAUCUCAACUUGAAGAAUUUCGAUUGGAAAUGGAAAGAGUAAGAUCGCGUUCGGACGCUAUCCUAGAUAUGCUCAAUAUGCUUCAUUCUGUGGAUACGAACUAAUGAAACUUAUAUAAUACUAAAUGAGUGCUUUUUCCUUGUACAGAUCACUAUUUUAAUUUCUUUAAAUCGAUUUGCACUGUCAUAUUUACCUCUUCUACUUCAUUGCAUAUAAGGGUUACGUAAACAAUUUAUUACAAUAAAAUACAUAAAUAAAAAACUGCUACAUUGUAA